AGGCGUUCUCUUAUCAGUCUAAAGCAAAACUGAGACAGGGUUAAUGUCAAAUACAUUAUUCCCUUGUGGGUUGGGCGGUAAUGUUCUACAUUGCCACAGAUGACAGUCAGCAGCAAGACGACAUGGAGGUCACAGCUCUCUGCAUCAGGCUGAUGAUGACAGUGUUGUUCCUGCUGGCUGCUCAAGAUGAAGUCAGUUAUUCUACAGAAGCCUAUGCUGAUUUUCCUCAGAUCGAUCCAAACAGACAGCAGUUCUUUCAAUAUGAACCCCUCGUCGUCAGCUGUGAGGGGCUGAUGGGAUUAAGUGGAUGGAGAGUCCUGAAGAAGGUUAAAGGAGGGAUAACACCAUGUUCAGGCUCGUGGGAGACGUCUACAGGUCCCUGCAGAAUUCACAGUGCUUUUCCCUCAGUCGAUGACGGAGAAUACUGGUGUGAAAUGGGAGCGAGGAGGAGCAACUCAAUCAACAUCACAGUCACAGCUGGCUCUGUGAUUCUGGAGAGUCCUGUCCUUCCUGUGACGGAGGGAGACAAUGUGACACUAGGCUGCAGAACCAAGCCGUCUGACUCCAAUGUGACCGCACAAUUCUUCAAAGAUGGCCUCCUGAUGGAAAACAGUCUGACAGGAACCAUGACCAUCCACAGUGUCUCCAGGUCUAAUGAAGGUCUCUACAAGUGCAGCAUCUCCAAAGCUAGAGAAUCCCCACAGAGCUGGCUCACCGUCAGAGCUCUUCAGGAGGAUCCACCUUCCCCUGAGGACUCUAAGCUGCUGUGGAUUUGCAUUGGUGUCUGUAUAUUCCUGCUGCUGUUGCUGCUGGUUGUGGGAUUAUUACGUUUUAAAAGUUGUCAAUCAACAACACAUACUGCAGCUUCUCCUCCCUCUGUCCAGUCUUCACCACCGACACAAACAGCAUCUAACACGGCCUGUAAUGAUGACUGUGAGACAAGUUAUUCUUUUGUCAAUAAACCCAAGAAGAAGGAAGAGUCCAAGCCGCCCUGCACAGAUGACUCUAUGUUCUCAACGUAUGCUGUCAUCAAUAUACCCAUGAAGAGGAGCGCAUGUCAGGUGAAAACCACACGAGAUACCUGGAAACCCAAACAGGCAGUGAACCCUGCAGGAUAUCGAGGUGUAGGCACUGUGGAAUCUUCUGAAAGGUAG